AUGGCGCACGCCAUCUGGGGAUUACCACAAGCCCCAAUACAGUUUGUCGCACACGAUAUCUAUGGUCAACCUGCACGAGGAGCCAACCUGGUACAAUCGAGGACCUUCUUCUCCAACAUCCUCUUCUGUCUCGACGUCUACCAGUCGAAGUACCACUCCAACUACCACGAACAACAACCCGUGGUCGAACGUCAUGACAAGUCCAAGUUCAGUCGCUUCGAGCAAAUCGCCCAAGUCCUCACCCAAAAACAGCCCGAAUCGUACCCCGCCAUAUACAAGUCGAUCAACCACACCAACACCGAUUGCGCCCCAACCUCUGCGGCCCAUGAAUUCAAUCGCCGGUCCGUCGCUCCUGUGACUCCGUUAGUGCAUGGCUUCAUCAACACCUCCGUUCUGUCUUCGCAGGGCCAGUCUCUCUCCGGAUGGUUCUACGACCUCUGUCGAAGACAAGGCUGGGACGCGGGUCAGAUCAAGAGGAUAUGGCAGUGGACGUUGUCGAACCCACGCCUCGCCAUACUCCUCUACGUAUGUGACGACGUGGCUUCAUGGCGACAAGCAUCGUUCUUCGACCUGAGAGACGAGAGCUUGCCUUUUCCCGAGGACCGGCUCCAGGGCAUUGUAGCAGACGCCCGUAAAGUCGUGGAGGAGCAGUGGCGCGCAACGUCCAAGGAGAUGCCGAUGAACGGAGGCCACAUGGACUUUGUCGCGCGUGAGAGCGUGCCUUUGCAAUCCGAAAAGGUCAUGCGCACCUCGAAAAACUCGGAGAAGAGUGUCGACCGUGUGCGAAUGUUGGGCAGCAGCGACGAUCGUGUCCUGGUGCGAAAGCGCUUUGUCACGACUCGCCCGUCCCAGAAGACUGCUCUACUGGAACAGAUCACCAAGUUCAAGCAGCUCGAAAACAAGAGCAUAGCAAAACUACUCUGCUCGUACGCGCAGCCGAGUCAUGUGGGUAUUGUGGUAGAGAGAGCACAAUGCAGCCUCGACGAGUAUCUGGCAGUGCCGGGAAACGAGCCUGCUCGCUCUCGCAUAUUGGUAGACUGGAUGUACGACCUUGCAUCCGCGAUCGAGUACCUCCACUCGCAGUCCAUCUGUCAUCGUAGCAUUCGACCACGGAAGAUGUUAGUCGACGGCGCUCGCAUACUGCUCGCACCGUUUGAGAUUGGACACAACAUGGAUACACUCAGCCCGACCAUGGCAACAUCGCAACGGCUGGAUCAGCUGCACACGUACUUUCAGGACCAAACAUACAUAUACGCAGCGCCAGAGGCGAUAGUGUCGCGCGGCAAGCGGCCGGCCGACGUCUUCUCGUUGGGGUGCAUCUUCCUCACCAUGCUCACAGUAGCACAAAACCAAUCCUUGGCCGCGUUCACGCAGUACAGAGCCGGAUCUACGCAGGAUGCUUCUUUCCACGCACACCUGGAUCGAGUGGGGAGUUGGCGAAGCAGGCUCGUUGCAUCGACCAACGCCAACCUCCGGGCCGGGCUGAAUGGCUCUGGGAGAAGAUUGAGACAGCUCAAGGCAGAAGCAGAAUGGCUGGGCAUCAUCGAGAAGAUGGUCUUGCCGCGGCCAAAAGAGCGGAUCAAGAUGGGCGUCAUCAUGGGCAGUCUGGGGUCGGGCAAGGUCAGCGGCGGCAGGCGACGAAGUCUGGACGGCGGGGGCUACAGCGGACAGGUGUCCGUCUCGCUGGGCACGGCCAGCUCGCCGGCCAGCACGCUUGUCGAUGUCGAGCCCGAGCCUCUCAGCAGAGCAAAGGCGUCGAGGGCAGCCCCGCGGCGACCCGAGUUGAGCGUGUUCGACGGCUAUUUCCAGCAGCAGUCGCGCAAGCUAGAGCCAGGAGGGGGGUGGUGA